UACACAUUUAGGAUUUAUUUAGUCGAUUGUUAUAUCGCCCGACAGUAUUGUCGUGAUUUUACUAGCAAAUCGUAGUGCAAAAAUGUUUUCUCGUUGGUUGUUUUGUUUGGUUGUUCUUAGUUUUGCAAUCCAGAGUAAGGCUGAAUAUAAAGUGGCAAUUGCUCAUCUUAUAUCAACGAAUGUAACUGGAAGAAUAUUGUUUACGGAGGUGGACGGAGGAGUCCUUGUUACGGGGAAUAUAACUGGGCUGCCUGAAGGAAAUUACGGGUUCCAUAUACACCAGCUUGGAGACAUUACUACCUGCGAUACUACUGGCGCGCAUUUCAACCCUGACGACACAGAUCAUGGCGGUCAGAACCAUACGGUGCGUCACGUCGGUGAUUUGGGAAAUAUCGCCUUUGUUGGUGGUGAUACGGCAAUUGCUAAUGUCCGUAUCUUGGACACGGUUAUAGCUCUUACAGGCAGGAACAGUAUAGUAGGUCGUGCUCUGGUGUUACAUGAAGGAGAGGAUGACUUGGGCCAGGGAGGCCACGAGUCUUCGCUGACCACAGGGAAUGCCGGCGGGAGAGUGGCUUGCGGAGUCAUCGGCAUCAUGUUUCCAGUGGACCCCUGGAAUUCCGCUGGUAUUGCAGCACCAUCUCUCUCUAUACUUGCUGCGGUUGCGUUUUUCGCAAUCUAUGAUUUGUACUAAGGAAGUAAAUAAAGUACCUACUUUAAGCUAUUUA